AUGUACGAAGAUGUUGCCGAACAGAUUUUCCAGCCCCAACAUAACAUCCCUUUGCUUUCUUCGUUGCUUUCGCUCUUUCACUGUCCCAUCUACGGGGGUCAGGCAGCCGAAAACGCAUUUCGGGAGGCGUAUGGCUCAGAGGCAGCCUUGCUUGACCCGUCAUUCGCCACGGGCAUUGGCACACGCGUUGUGCUGCCAGUCGCCACAGUGCCAGACCCCUCACUGCUAGCAUUCACCAACUACAAUGCAGUGGGGGACGCGAAAAUGAGGCUGGACUACCGCGUUCACGAGGAUUGCGGCGACGUGGCCAUUGCGGAUUUGGCCCGAGGCUGCACAGCAGCGCCAACCUUCUUCUCACCUGUUCGUCUGGAGGGGCUGGGAGAAAAGGUCCAAGACCCAGGUAUCAUAGAGAACAACGCCAUUGCACUGGCACAAGCAGAGGUGAACGCGUACUAUGGAAGCUCGAAAGCCUGCCAGUUCCUUCUCAACAUUGGCACCGGAUCGCGCGGCGUGUUGCCAGAGCCGACACUCCGUCGCGGCGGCCUGGUGCAGUCGCUGGUGGACUGGUUUCUUGACAGUGCAAUCAACAGAAUCGGGGCGGCCUAUAGCCGACUUCUAAGUGGUACCCCAAGCUGGGCCAAGUACGUCAGGGGGAUGGAUCCCGGCAGCUGGCUGCGAGACCGGUGCAUCCGUCUGGACCUGGGUUUCGACGCGGAGCUGCGGUUGGACGACGUUGGCGCCAUGGCCAAGCUCAAGGCCAGGGCAGAAGCAGAUCCGACGUUGCGGGCGGCCGUGGGUGACGUGGCACGGCGCUGUACGGCGGCGCUGUUUUACUUUGAGCUCGACGGCAUGCCGCGCCAGGCUGGCUGCGUCUUUUCCGCGACGGGCACCAUCUUGUGCAGGUGCGAGAGGGGCGAGCCGGCACUGCCGCUGCUGGUAGACAAACUGUCGCAUGAGGGGGCCAAGUUUGUCCUGAACGACCGCAUUUUGGACAUGAGGCUGUUGUCCGCAUGGAGCAUCACGGGAGGAUUCGCGAUGCCAGUGCGUCUGCAGCUGACGAGCGCCGAGUUUCGCCUCUCGAUCAGGUGGCCCGAUGGGGUGACGUAUCCCAUCAGCGGAUCUCCUUUCUCGCUGCGCCGCCUCGUCAAGGAACAAGGGCUUGACGCUCCAUUCGGGCUCGCGGUGCCAGGUUACACACCCAGGCGGGUUCCGAGCGUUGCAGUCAACGUCCGUGCCAGCCCAGGACGACGUUGCGCAAAGCGGCAACAGGAAGAACCAACGCAUCACGUGAACAAGCGGCAGCGCUGCAGGUAA